AUGGAGACGGUGAGACUUAAUCGGAAUAACCAUGCGCUCUGUCCCGCCGGACAGAACCUGACAUUUUCCUAUCUCACAGGCCAAGUUCUCGAAGCGUGGGAAAAGGCUGUGUCUACUAUGCACGUGAAUGAGAAGAGCGAGAUCAUCUGUGGACCUGAAUACGCUUAUGGCGAGGAAGGUUAUCAACCGAUGGUGCCUGGCAACGCCACUUUGUGUUUCCAUCUGGAAAUCGUACACGCCGAGCUGCCUCAAGACCCUGUCCCGCAACGCAUUGAAGAGGCCACCACUCACAAAACUCGCGGAAACGCCCACUUCAAAACCGGCGCCUACCAUCUAUCCCAAGAAAGCUACAAGGCCGGUCUAGACCGUCUCCGAACCACGUGGGGCGCCUCCGUGCACGAUGACAUGGAGAUUCAGAAGCUCCGCACCGCCCUCUACUCUAAUCUGGCCGAGGCUUACAUUCGUACUCUGGAUGCUUCUGAUGCCGUAAGAGCUUGUGAGGGUGGGUUGGCUGUUGCCCCCCAAAAUACGAAGAUGUGGUAUAGGUUGGGCAGGGCCAAAACUAUGCUCAAGGACUGGGAAGGGGCUCAGAGCGCGUUGGAUACCGCUGAAGACGUAUGUUGA